CCUGAAUUUACUGCACAGCAGAAGCACAACGACACUUGCAAAAUUCGCCAGCAUUAAUCCGAACGACCAAAUAUGUCAAUGCCAGCUGCAAAGCGACAACGAUUAUCGGGUCCAAAGAAGGCAUUAAUCAAACGAGAUUUGCUGACUUUGCCACAGGAAAUUGUCUUUCUUGUAUUCAGUUUCCUUGACGCUGCGGACCUUACCACGUGUGCUCGAGUCUCAACGAAAUGGUAUGCCGCGGCCAGCGAUGAACAGCUUUGGAAGCCCUUGUUUCUAUACCGGUUCCCCAAUCCAAGGCAAAUGCUUGUACAACAGCUGAGAUCGCAAAAAUUACACGGCAAGCAAAGCGUUGGCCUAAAUAGACAUGGUAGACAAGAGAAGUGGAAGACGCUAUACAAGGUUAACCAUAAUUGGGAAACAGGGAACUGUAAAGUAGAGGAACUACAACUGCCUAUUCAUACAACGAGGCUCAACAGUCGUCAACAUCAUCUAUCAGAGGAGGCAAAAGCAACAGGCAGCUUUUUAUUUCAAGUAUGCAACGACAUCAUUGUCACAGCCAGCACUGACUCAGCCAACAUCGAUGUAUGGCAGAUAGAAGGGUCAAGUAUACAGCACAUAGCAACUGCGCCACCCUCAGUGGAGACUGUAGCAUAUGUAACAUGCAUCAAGUGGGAUAAUACCGACCCUACCAGGGUUGUAGCGGGAUACUCUAAUGGUGGAUUUACGGUGUAUCAAAUUGAUGCCAAGAAGCGCAGUAUCAUGCAACUGGCAGGUCACGCGGCGAGGCCAAGCGUUGACUGCGAUCGACAUGGUGUACAGUCAAUUGCUCUAUGUGAAAAGAUAGUGAUGACAUGUUCCUCCGAUAUGGAGCUGUCAACAUAUCUCUGUGAAGACCAAGGUACAAGGUUAUGUCACAGCCUAAUUAGUGCAAUGACGUGGGAGCCGUUGACGCUAGAGAUAUUCGCCAAGAGCAAUAACUCCUAUCAAGCCAUCGUUUGUUUUGGGAUGUCUGCAGGCUUAGACUCAUGGACCCUUGGUAUACAAGAAGUUAUAUUUACACCAACGGUAAUUCUUAGCUCAAGGCACAGCAGUUCUCGGACCCAUCGAUACGGGUCGAAUGACCCCAUACGAAAAAUUAGCUAUGCUCACCCUUAUGUAGUUACUAGUCACAACAACAAUACCAUGCAACAUUACCGGAUAUGUUCCGAACAAGGACAAAGAGUUGAAAUAGAGCAUGUUCGAACACUAUGGGGACAUACAAGCUCUGUUGGAGCGAUGGCGCUGGACGCACGCAUUGGACGACUUGUUAGUGGAGAUCGAGCUGGUAUCAAGGUUUGGAAUUUGGAAAGCCACAAUGAUCUGGUGGUGGGCAUCGAAAAUGGACUGUGCGAGAAUAUGGAUUGGAUAGGAUUUGACAGUGAAAAGAUUGUGACGGUUACAGGCGACCACGAGAACAACGUCAAGGUGUGGUCUUUCAGCAACAGUAGCGGCGAUAAAUAACACUGAGCCAAGCGGUCAUUCGUCUCCUUUGUUUCUCUCUUCUUUACUUUCUUACUGUAUCUUUUCAUUUUAUCGACCCUCAUGACCACCUUCACCGAUUUACCAGUCGAAGUAUUGGAACUUAUAUUACUGGAACUUCCUGUGCCGAUAUUAUUAUCCCUUCCAGCCAACCGGACACUUCAAGGUGUGCGAUCUCGCAUUCUGCAAGAGUACAUUACGAGGGCUACUAACAUUCCUUGGC